AUGGAACCACCACGUCUAGUCCGAAAGUCUUCUUGCUUGGGUUUCGAUAGUCGUUACGAGGACCCAGCGAUCGUCAAAUUCAACGCAGACAUACUACGCCAGAAACUACUUGAGGUCAACGGUCCCCCAGUAUGGCUUACUCCCGACGAACUCUACAUCAAAGUCAAGUAUGCAGGCAUGAAGCCUUGGGAGAUUCCCAUGACCCCUACUCCCCCCGAUACGCCGUCAGGAUCGAGUUCGCCGAUUCAACCACUUCAAAAGUCUAUCGAGGAAGACAGAGAUCCUAACCUCCCAACUCCACGGCCUUACGACUCGCCCCCAAACAUUUAUUACAGAGGCGACUCCUAUCCUUUACCGCUCGAUCGCCCAGUAUCACGUCCCUUACCUCAAGCAACAAUUCUGCCAAAGAAGACCGACAGCGACUACGAGUAUGAGUUACUCACCGUAUCUCAGCAACCAUCAAUCUGGCACGACUACCCUAUAGAAGCCCAUUUAGAGUGGUACGAGAGAGAAUGCAUUUCUCUUCCCGAUGGGUACGUCAAACCAGAACAAAAGCGAGCUGCAGAAAGACAGACGGUCCAUGAGCAGCAUUCACAAAAGUCUGAGCAGAAAGAGAAAACAACCUCUUCCAAGCAAAACAGCCAACACAGCAGUCGAAGAACAAAACGAAAGCAGAAGCCCCUUGUUCUUUCAGAAACUAGUACCAACCAUAUUCGAAAAAGGCCUUGCCAUCAUAUGACCACCAGGUCGAGGGAUGGAAGUAUAUCUCCGAAUGCGUCGUAUCAGAAGGUUGAAAGGAGUCAACACGAGAUGGCCAAGACUUGA